AAACAGUAAACAGUGCAGAACGUUUCCUACAGUUUCUUCUCGUAAUUUCAAAAAAAACUCGUGAUUUCUACUUUCAUUGUUAUAUUAUUGACCUCUCACUGACAGUUUCUGAGUUUUUGGAGUGUAAAUGUGCCAUUUUUCAUCCUCACUGGGUCAUCGGUAAGUGAGAUCUUCCGUAGUAAAAUCUCUCAAAAAUUGAAACGAUGAAUCCACCCCCAACAAUCAAUAAAAACAAAAAGCAUUUUCUGGGUAUUCCUGCACCCCUUGGAUAUGUUGCUGGUGUUGGUCGAGGUGCCACUGGUUUUACGACCCGAUCUGAUAUUGGUCCUGCUCGUGAUGCAAAUGAUGUCUCCGAUGAUCGUCAUGCUCCUCCAAGUAAACGCAAAAAGAAAGAGGAGGAAGAAGAUGAUGAGGAGGAUCUAAACGACUCAAACUACGAUGAAUUUUCUGGUUAUGGUGGAUCCCUCUUCAGCAAGGAUCCAUAUGACAAAGAUGAUGAGGAAGCCGAUAUGAUUUACGAAGAGAUUGAUAAGAGAAUGGAUGAGAAGAGGAAAGAGUACCGUGAAAAGCGUCUGAGAGAAGAGUUGGAAAAAUACCGUCAAGAACGUCCAAAGAUCCAACAGCAGUUCAGUGAUCUGAAAAGAGGACUCACUACCGUCUCGGAAGAUGAGUGGAAAAAUGUACCUGAAGUUGGGGAUGCCCGUAAUCGAAAAAUGAGGAACCCGCGUGCUGAAAAGUUCACACCGUUACCUGACUCCGUUUUAUCUCAUGGUUUGGGUGGUGAAACUGCCGCUGCCAUUGAUCCUAAGAGUGGACUUAUGAGCCAAAUACCUCAUGGAGCCCUUACUCCUGGUAUGCUAACUCCCACUGGGGAUAUGGAUCUUCGGAAAAUGGGACAAGCUAGAAGCACUUUGAUGAAUGUUAAGCUGAGCCAAGUUUCUGAUUCAGUUGAGGGGCAAACGGUCGUUGACCCCAAAGGGUACCUCACAGAUUUACAAAGCAUGAUUCCAUCAUAUGGGGGUGAUAUCAAUGAUAUCAAGAAAGCUCGUUUACUCUUGAAGUCGGUCCGUGAAACAAAUCCGAAUCACCCUCCUGCCUGGAUUGCCUCAGCGCGUUUAGAAGAAGUAACUGGUAAAAUACAAGCGGCAAGGAAUUUGAUCAUGAAGGGAUGUGAAGAGAAUCCAAACUCAGAAGACUUAUGGCUCGAAGCUGCCCGACUCCAGCCUCCAGAGACAGCCAAAGCUGUUAUUGCUCAGGCAGUUAGACAUAUCCCCACAUCCGUCAGGAUUUGGAUUAAAGCUGCAGAGCUAGAAACAGAGGCAAAAGCUAAGAAAGUUUUCAGAAAAGCCUUGGAACAUAUUCCUAAUUCUGUACGUUUGUGGAAAGCAGCUGUUGAGUUGGAAGAACCUGAAGACGCCCGAAUAUUGCUAAGUCGUGCUGUUGAAUGCUGCCCAACAAGUGUUGAUUUGUGGCUUGCCUUAGCUCGACUGGAAACUUACGAAAAUGCGCGUAAAGUUUUGAACAAAGCUCGAGAAAAUAUUCCCACAGACAGGCAAAUUUGGACCACUGCUGCAAAACUUGAAGAAGCUAAUGGAAACAUCAAUAUGGUAGAAAAAAUCAUAGAUCGUGCGAUUUCAUCUCUCACCGCCAACGGGGUUGAAAUCAAUAGGGAGCAUUGGUUCAAAGAAGCUAUUGAAGCAGAAAAAGCUGGCUCUGUCCAUACAUGCAGGGCUUUAAUCAAAGCUAUCAUUGGGUAUGGUAUUGAAGAAGAAGAUCGCAAACAUACAUGGAUAGAGGAGGCCGAAUCUUGUGCAAAUCAAGGAGCAUACGAGUGUGCCAGAGCUGUUUACAGUCAUGCUUUAGGAGUGUUCCCAAGUAAGAAAUCAAUUUGGUUACGCGCUGCAUACUUCGAGAAGAAUCACGGCACUCGUGAAUCCUUGGAGUCAUUAUUACAGCGAGCUGUUGCUCAUUGCCCUAAAUCCGAAGUAUUAUGGUUGAUGGGAGCAAAAUCAAAGUGGAUGGCAGGAGAUGUGCCUGCAGCCAGAGGCAUUCUCUCUCUUGCUUUUCAAGCUAAUCCUAAUUCGGAAGAAAUCUGGUUGGCUGCCGUCAAAUUAGAAUCUGAAAAUUCAGAAUAUGAAAGAGCAAGGCGUUUGCUAGCAAAGGCACGAGCAUCUGCCCCCACUCCACGUGUUAUGAUGAAAUCUGCUAAACUGGAAUGGUACCUUGAAAAAUAUGACCUCGCAUUGAAAUUACUUGCAGACGCCAUUCAAGUUUUUCCUGACUUUGCGAAAUUGUGGUUGAUGAAAGGUCAGAUUGAAGAACAACUGAACCGACCAGAUGACGCUCAUGCAACCUACAAUGAAGCGUUGAAAAAAUGUGCCACAUCAAUUCCAGUCUGGUUAAUGCUUGCACGGUUGGCUGAAAGAAGGAAAAUGCUCACUAAAGCUCGUUCCUACCUUGAAAAAGGUCGUCUAAGAAAUCCAAACAAUCCUGAAUUGUGGUUAGAAGCGAUCAGAAUAGAAUUUCGAGCAGGUUUACGUGAUAUCGCCAAUACUUUGAUGGCAAAAGCUUUGCAGGAAUGCCCGAAUGCUGGCAUACUGUGGGCAGAAGCCAUAUUCUUAGAGCCACGUCCGCAAAGAAAAACGAAAAGUGUUGAUGCACUGAAAAAAUGCGAACACGACGCCCAUGUUUUAUUAGCAGUUUCCAAAUUGUUCUGGUGUGAACGUAAAAUCACUAAAUGUAGGGAAUGGUUCAAUCGUACAGUUAAAAUUGAUCCUGAUCUCGGAGAUGCUUGGGCCUACUUCUACAAAUUUGAACUUCUCAAUGGGACUGAAGAGUCUCAGCAAGAUGUCAAGAAACGAUGCAUUGCUGCAGAACCUCACCAUGGCGAACAAUGGUGUAAAGUCUCAAAACUAAUCCAAAAUUGGAAAUUAACAACAGAAUCAAUCCUACCUCUUGUUGCAAAAGAAUUACCCAUUCCAAUUUAAAUCUUGUGAUUAACUAAUUUUGUAAUUACCUACUCGUUUAAUUCUAAAUGGAAAAUAAUGAAAAGAGCAAAAAGGUAAUCACAAUGACCUGUUAUUGCGCAAUACUUUUUCAAAUUAAUAUAUUGUGCUUUAAAAAAUAAAAAUUUUAAUACUUUAAUGCGGUGGGAUUGACUUUUUUACUAUUGCAUUGAUCACAACUCAGUCAAACCUGUGCAAAUGAGUAAGUAGCGUGUGUGGGGUGGAGUGUAUUCCAUGCCACAACUGAAAGGAAUACCCUCUUACUAGGUAAAAACAGGUUACUUACCUCAAAAUGGGACAUAUUAUUUUUAAGUAGAGAUGGCAGUAUCUGUCUGUAUAUUUUGUAUAUUUAGUUGGUGCCCUGAGUUUCCUAACUGUAUUUGUUGUUGAUUUAUUUGUAGAAUGGAAAAUUCUCAAUUAAGGACAAUUCCAGAAGAAUUGUUUUUCAGAAAAGGUCCUUUAAUAAAAUUUACUUUCUUUCAAAGUAUAAUUGGAUCCCAGAACUUAAUGAGCUAGGUUCAAAAAAUGGUCUAAGUAUUUAACCAAUCAGUCCACUGUGUUCAUUGGGACUCAAUUUUUUCAACUUCAGAUGUGUUCUUUUUCUUAAAUGCUAUACCUUUUAUACAUAUGCCUUUCUUCCGGUACGCAAAGUCCUCAAUUAGUUAAAUAUUGUACAAUGCUUUUUGAGUUUUCCGCUUUUUCUGUAUAUACUUGCCAAGAAAAUGUACUAAAUGUGUGAUCAUUUUUGGGGGAGAAAAAAUCAUUGGCAAUAAUAUCAGGAAAUUUAAGUUUGACACCUUGAAGCUUCUACCAAUUUCCUGUUUUUCAUAAUAUUUUGAAAAUCUGAUCAAUAUCAUGCCCUUCUUUAAAUGUUCCAUUAUUUUCCUUCACUAUCUGUGAUUUACACUGGAACUAUGCCGAGCUCUAUAACUAUAUUUAUCACAAAUGAAUGAAAUAUGUUCUAGAUUUUUCAAAUGUGAAAUAAAGAAAGUUUCUUUCAGUAUUUUCCUCUCACACAAAUUUUGAUCUAAUAGUAAUCAUAGUGUACACAUUCAAUUGGUGGAAGGUUGUUCUUCAACUCUCACAAACUAGCUCUUAAAUAAGACUACUUUUAUUUUGUAAAUAAACAUUUUGAGAUGUUA